AUGCAAUCACUUCGCUCAACUAUCCGACGAGCUCCUCAACAACUCAACCGCAUCACCAAGCCUACGAUUACAACUACUCGACACUUUACCACUACACCAGAGACGAUGUCUCUCUUCCCACGAUUCACUCAGGAAUUCGCUCCUAUCUUCCGUCUCUUCGACGAGUAUGAUAGGCAAGCCUUCCGCAAUAUCGACCGGGAAUUCAACAACAUCAGAUCCUUCACUCCCAAAUUCGAUGUGAAGGAAACGAAAGAGGGUUACGAGCUUCACGGCGAACUUCCCGGUGUCGAGCAAAAGGACAUCAACAUCGAAUGGACCGACAACAACACGCUGACCAUCUCUGGUCGCCACGAGCACGUCCGCGAGGAAGGCCAACGUCCUCAGGGUUUCAUCGAAAACGGCGAAUCCUCUCAGCAGAAGAAGCUCGGCCACCAGCCCACCGUUGAAGACGACCCCAGCGAAACCAACAACAAGGUCGCCAAGCAGUCCGAGCACAAGGACGUCUCCAAGCAUGAUGAGAACAAGGCAAAGUAUUGGGUCAGCGAGCGUUCAGUCGGAGAGUUCCACCGAUCCUUUGCCUUCCCUGCUCGUGUCGAUCAAGACAGCGUCAAGGCUAGCCUCAAGAACGGUAUCUUGAGCAUCCUCGUUCCCAAAGCCCAGGCUCCUCAGCCUCGAAAGAUCAGCAUCGAGUAG